AUGGACAAAGCUCGGAACAUGAGGCGUGGAAGCAGUGUGUUCUCAAACAUGAACAAGCGACGACACAAAUGCAAACACAACCUCCUCGCUGAGUUUGCAGAUAACCCGUGGGGACCUUCGAUUCUCGGAGAAAUCGAAGAAGGAAAAGGUGAGAAGCUUGAGUGCGGUGGGAACGGCGUCGUCGAGGUUCCAAAUGAGUUGCCAUCCACGAAGAAACGGGGUCGCGAAUCCAUGUUACUUGAUUCAGAAAAGGAUAAGCAUAAGGCGGAUGGAAUAGAAUCUCUCAAAAAGGAUAGUGUAAAGAAGUCCAAAGUGAGUGUUAAGCAAGGAAUGAGGCGACAAUGGACCCCAAGAGAAGGUGUUUCUGGGCCCAUCACAAAAGAUGAGGAAGAGGUUGCUGAGGCUCUCUAUGCUUUGGCUGGAAUGUUCCCGGACAAUGGCUCCAAUCAUAAUAGUAAGGAACUAGAAGGGGAAUCUUUGCCAGAUAACUCAUCAGUUUUGCAAAACUUGGAGGAUAAGGCCAGUGCUGCUCUUGCACUUGAAGCCUCAGCAGCUAUUCAGGCUGCAAGUCCUUGUUGCCAUGGAAGUUCACCUGGAGUAGCUUCAAAAAUCAGUUGUUUGAAUGAAGAUGUUGGUCAAGAACAGCCUGAUUUUCCUGAGAGUGCAGCACUCUCGAUGCAAUCUCAUUGCACUUCUCUAACAAAAAAUCCUCAGAGCAUGCCUAGUGUGAUUGUUAAGCGUGAAAAUAGCAACAAAGUUGCAUUGCACGACUCUGAGUUGUGUCUAGUAAUGGGAUUAAAUAUCCCCAGACAAUCAAGGAUUGCUCAAGUUGAGAGGAAACCGAAUGUGGAAUUUAAGGCCAGAGACGUUGAUUGUAAGCAACAGGAACAUAUGAUCGAGGAGCAAAAAGGAAAUGAACGCCUUGCAUUGUGGCCUGGCUUGUCUCCACUGGCACCGGCUGGCCAGGCUUGUCUGCAGACUCAAGCUCCUGACUGGCUAGAAGCUGCAAUCCGUGCCUCCAAACUGGAUUCGAUGGAGACUUCAACUUGUUCUUCUAGUGGGAGGGUUUUUAUUCCUAAAAGAUCAUGGAAGAAGUGUGCAUCUCAUAUUCGCAUCAGUCAUAUAAUCAAGAGUUUAGAGAUGCCAAAAACAGAGGUUAUCAGAGAAACUGAGCUUUUUGAAUGUCAUGAAACGACAGCACGUGAAGGAUCAAAGCGUGGAGUUCUUUUAGAAGCGCACAGCUUAAAUGGAAUGAAAAACGGAAUUUCUUCUACUGUGAGGAAUCCUCAUGAAAGUAAGAAUAUUAUUCUCCAGCAGCAAUCUCAUUAUCGAGACAUAUCACAGUCUGCUCCAAAACCUGUGGUGUAUGGACCUCAAAAGCAAAAUUUCAAUUUCUUGUCCUUGUCAGCAGGAAGUAAUGGGUUCAAGGUCGACAAUAAUAAUAAUUAUAACAAAAUUGGAAGUAGGUUGGAACCAUUGUCAAAAUUGCAAGUGCCUUAUUUUCAGUCACUAGCACAGCAGCAUGGGGUUGUCAUGCCAAUUCCUGCGGCUCAGAGUCAGUAUGCCUCCACUUCUUUCCUUGAUCAGCUUUCUGUGGCAGGACCACAGGUUCGGUUGCAGCAACCUCAUUAUUUUGGUAACCCGUUAAGCGGAACUAAUUAUAGUUCAAUGCUCUUAUAUAAGCAAGAGAACCGAGGCUUUUGGGGAUUGCAACAAGCAGAACAAAGUAGGUCCACAGUAAAUUUCAAUAUAAUGAGGACCCAAUUUCCUAAUUGGCAUAGUGGAAGGCAUGACACUUCUGCAAUGAGUCCGUGUUCCCAAGCCAUUCUUCCCUGUUCCUCUGCAUCACAAGAUAUGUUUGGAUCUAAGAUUUCUUCAAUCCCUGGACAACAGAAGCAGCUCCUUGCCCCCUUCCAAGACAAAUGGACUAGACCUUCAUCAUCUCCCUUCAUUACAUGA